GACUUGAUUUUGCUCUUCCACCGUUUCGCCCACCCCACGGAGCGCGGUGGUCGCCUAUCCUGUGGCGAGCUGAAGCAACUGCUUCGGGCCGUGCAGGGCGACGACGAAACGGAACCGGAACUGCCCGAGGGCUUCCCGGAACGGCUCUAUGAAGCGUGGGCACCACAGGGGGUGCCAUUGACCGAGGGUCGCUUUAAGGCUGGCUUCAAAGUUUACAUGCAGCAGCGUGAGACGUGGUUGGAGCAAUGGCAAUUUCAGGAGUUCUGCAACCAGCUGGCGGAGGACUUGGGCCAUUUGAAUCCUCCCAUGAGUUUUCUGCAAGCCGUUUGGAGGGCGGCCAUGCCUUCAUCGACUGCGACCAGCAGCUCGAACAGUUCUCAGUUACUGCAGAUAUUGCAGGUGAAGGAAAUUGGACCCAUCUCGGAUGCUGCCUAUGAUGCCCUCCUCCAGGCCUAUAGCGACCAAUGGCAGUCUUGGUUGGAGGAUUGGAUUUCUGAACGGCAGGUGAUCAUGAACUUGCCAGAUGAGGAGGACAAAGAGGUGAAGGCUGCCAUGGUGGUGCAGCGUCAUUUUCGCGCCUACCAAGCGCGAAAGGAAGUGAAGAGCAAGCGUUUGGAGAUGUUCCUAGGAGAUUUGGCCGGCACAAUGGGCAACCGCGCACGCUUUUCCAAGCUUUUCCUGCAGUUCAGUGGUGGCAAAAAUCACUGGACAGGUCUACCUCCACCUCCUCCAGCCUUCGGCUUUGAUGCCUUGAAAAAGCUUCAGAGAUUGGCCGUUGGCAAAGGCAAAUCGGAAGAGGCCCUGGACGCUGGACAGGUGGUGACCGCUGUGGAUUUCAGACGUGGAUUGAUGCUGUGGAAUCAGAGGCGCUUCAAGCAGCUGAAGAAGUGGGAGCGUGCGCGCUACGGCGAGGUCUACGUCUGUCCCUGUUGCCGCGGCCGCUGGCGUUUGGCGAAGGUCAUGGACGACUUGGGACGAGUCCUGGAGAUCGGCAAGGUGGUGGAUACAGGCGUCACUCCCGGCGUUGCAUCCCUCAGUGGCCGCGCGGGUCUGCCGCGCUUUCCCGUCCCCGGCGGGCGCCCGGCGGUGGCGGGGAGCGCGGCGAGGAAGCUUCCGCAUCCCAAUGAUGUGGCUGUGCUGCACAACCAGGUAGCCCGAGAUGUGGCCAAAGGUGCCGCAUUGUGUUUGUUGCCGCCGGGCAGUGCGCGACCAGCGCUGGCCGGGCGACUCUUGUUGCAAGCCGCAGUUUCCGGGUCCAGUACCGGUGCCCCCUUGCUGUUGCUGGCCGACGACCACGAGCUGGACGCCGUGAAGUUGUGGCUGGCCUCCGCAGCGCCGAAGUAUGAGGUCAUCAAGGCAUCUCUACAACAACAAAGCCACAUCAGCAAGGUGGCAGGGCACCAGCUGGCAACCAUUCUGUUGUCCACUCCCUUCACCUUCGAGCGUUUAGGCUUGCAGGUCUCGCAACUGGAUUACGUUUUGAUGAGUUGCUCUGCCACAGAGAUACCCAUGCUGCGGGAGUGUCAGGCGGGGGAUGAGUUCAUGGCACCCUUCAGCAUCAUCAGCAAGCGACCACGGGUGGUUUGCUUAUUGGAUUCCACCUGCGAAGUUCACCAGGCUCUGCAGGGCCAUUUGGCGGCGGUGAGCGAGGCAAAGGACCAUAUGUCCAAGGCGUUGCAAUAUCUGGAGGGGACAAAGCCGGGCCAAGGAGGAUACUCACAGGCCUGCUUGGAGGACUUCUCCCGCCACGUCUCGCGCUUUCCGGACGUGGUGCGUUACGGUCCUGGUGGGCCCGAGGAUGGCGAGGAAUUGCCGCUGGGCUUCACCGGGCCCUUGCAGCCCUUGAAGCGACACCCGGUGAUUCGAAGUAAACAGGAUGAGAUGUCCAGUGAGGCGUCGGACUCUUCCUUGAGUCCUGUGGCGCCCGUGACGGUGAGACCGGAACCGGCGGCGGAACCGACACCUGAGCCGCAGCCGGCGGCGAGCAGCGGGUUAUUCUUUUGA